GUCACACCGGCCUGCGGGGCGGUCGCGGGGCACGCGCGCUGCGGGCCACCUGUUGCGGCGCGCGCGGUGGGUGGUGGAGGCGCACCUGGCGCGGCCGGCCCGCAGCUGAGCCGGGUCCGCUCGGCCCGCGCCUCGGGCUUCCGCAGGUCAGCUGACCUCCAGGGCGGAACUAAAGCCGCCCGCGCCGCCGCCGCCACGCUCUGUGCUCCCAGCUCUGCGCUUGGGUCGUGCGCCCCGUCGCCAUGGCCGGGCUCAUGGUCAGUGGAACGCAAGUGUCCUACAUAGGCCAGGACUGCAGAGAAAUUCCAGAGCACCUCGGCAGGGACUGUGGACAUUUCGCCAAGAGGCUUGAUCUGAGCUUUAACCUUCUGAGGUCACUGGAAGGACUGAGCGCCUUCGGGAGCCUGGAGGAGCUCGUCUUGGACAACAAUCUGCUGGGGAACGACCUCGUGUUGCCAGGGUUACCCAGGCUUCAUACCUUAACCCUCAACAAGAACCAGAUCACUGACUUGGAGCAUCUGCUUGAUCACCUGGCAGAAGUGACACCGGCUCUGGAAUACCUCAGCCUGCUGGGUAAUGUGGCGUGUCCCAACGAACUGGUCAGCCUGGAAAAGGACGAAGAGGACUAUAAGAGAUACAGAUGCUUUGUUCUUCACAAGCUGCCCAAUUUAAAGUUCUUGGAUGCCAGGAGAGUGACCAGAGAAGAGCGAGAGGAAGCUUUGGUCAGAGGGGCGUUCAUGAAGGUGGUGAAGCCCAAGGCUUCCAGUGACAGCGCUGCUGCCCCUCCAGAGUGCCACUACACACCCCUGCCUUCUGCUUCCAGGGAGCUCACCAGUCACCGAGGUGUCCUGGGGAAGUGUCGCUAUGUUUACUAUGGGAAGAACUCGGAGGGCAACAGGUUUAUCCGGGAUGACCAGCUCUGAAGGUCAGCGAUGGAAAACAGCCUUUGCUUAGACGUAUCCAGCUAAGCUAAAGAAAAUUGCAUUUCUCUGCCUCCCUUGCAGCUAUGGAUGGCUAAUGAUCAAGUUCUGUCCAAUGACUUAUAGUAGACUAGAGGCCUGGUGCAUGAAAUUCAUGCACAAGGGAGAGGGGUCCCUCAGCCCCGGCCUGCACCCUCUCACAAUCCAGGACCCCUCAGAGUAUGUCCGACUGCCAGUUUAGAGGAUAAUAGUAUUGGGCAUAGGAUUUGCCCAUAACUGGCAGUCAGACAUCCCUCUCACAAUCCAGGACUGCUGUCUCCUAAUCGCUCGCCUGCCUGCCUGCCUGAUUGCCCCUAACCAUUCUCCUGCCUGCCUGAUUGCCCCUAACUGCUUGCCUGCCUGCCUUAUCACCCUUAACCACCUCUGCUUUGGCCCCUGCCAUGGUGGCUUCAUCCAGAAGGAUGUCCGGAAUGACAUCUGGAAGGUCAUUUGGCUGUUUGGUCUAAUUAGCAUAUUACACUUUUACUAUUAUAGAUGUGUUGUGAAGGGGCUGCAAGGAGAUAUUCAUAAAAGAGAGAGAUUGUUUCCUGCUUAUUAUUUCUUCUGAUUUGUAGGCAUGGUAGCUGGAGUUCUAACAUUCAUUUUGACUUUAUUGGAUUUCUUGAGAAUGAAAGCCAUGGAGGAAGAUAAUGAAAAAGAAUGAUGAAAACCAUGUUUCUGAUGACAAAUCAGCCCACCAUGGCCCCUCUGUACUGCCAAAUUUCUCCUUGUAAUGGAAAAAUAAAAUUUUAUCUUUCUUA